GAGCUUGGGCUGCCUGUGGACUUAUGAAUCUCGAGUGUAUGGCGUAUCAUCAAAACUAGAAGGUUUCCGUUUAUUGCGAUUUUGGCCGUCGCUACAAAGUAAAUAGCAGACCAGGUAUGAAGCCAUCAGGCUCUUUCACCGUUGCAGUGGUUGGAGGGGGUGUGGCCGGUCUAGCUGCCGCUGCCUCCCUUAUUGAUAAAGGAUUUGACGUCAAGCUUCUAGAGGCUGCUGACUAUUUUGGUGGCCGGGUUAUGCAAGCCUUGCCCUUUCCUGGGUUUGCACCUGUUGAUUUGGGAGCUGAAUUCAUUCAUGGAGAUAGAACUAUACUAAACGACAUAGCAAGGAAACAAAGCUGGAAGGUUCAUAGGGAAAACUUGCUGGAUGCAUUGGUGUAUGUUGAUGGCAAAUCAUACCCUUGUUUGGGAGCAGAGCACCCAGAAAUUUCUGCUUGUCUGAAUGAAUUUAAAAAACUUUUAGCCGCAAAUGAGGAUCAAGGCACAGACUUUCUGUACCAGAGAUUGUGUGACCAAGGCCUCAGUGAUGUUGCGUUACGUUUUUUGGAUAAUUUUGAUGUACAAAGCCGUGGUGGAACAUUUACAUAUUAUGGUUUAGCUGAGAGGAGACAAAAAGAAAGCUCUUUCAAGGAGUGGGGCACUGUUAAUAUGAGGUAGAC